AAACAACUCCUUCACGUGGUUGUGUUUAACUUCUCUGUGCUAUCUAACCUUCCCGCAUUCCUGGGAAAAAAAAACUUAUUACAAUCCCUUCUAAUCCCCAAAUUUUAGGGUUUCCCUGUCUUCUCAGAAACCCUAGGCUUUUUUCCUUUCCAAUUUCUCUCUGUAAUUCAGCUCCUCCUCCAUUUGCAUCUAUUUCAGCAAUGUCGAGUCUAGAAGAGCCGCUUGGUUUUGACAAGUUGCCUAGCAUGAAUACUAUUGAGCGAAUUCAAAGGUUCUCAUCUGGUGCUUGCCGACCCCGGGCUGAUGAUAUUGGAAUGGGACAUUGCUGGAUUGAGGGAAGGAUUUGCAGCUCAUCCAACAGUUGCGAGGAAGAUUAUGAGUAUACAAGAGAGACUUUUCCUUGGAAAAGACAUACAAGAGAUCCGUGCCAAGGAAAUCGAAGGACUAUGAGCUCAGGCAGCAAAAAUAUGGUGUCUGGAAGUAGUUGUGAUUCACGCUAUUUUCCAGAUCAUCAAUAUAGUUCCAAAUCCAAUGACAAAGACAUACGGGGUAUUACAAAUAAGUUCUUGAAAGGUAUACCAAAGUUUGUGAAGAUUGUGGAAGUUGGUCCAAGAGAUGGACUGCAAAAUGAGAAAAAUAUCGUGCCUACAGAUGUAAAGGUUGAAUUGAUUCAUAGACUAGUAUCUUCUGGGUUGCCAGUUGUUGAGGCCACAAGUUUUGUUUCGCCCAAAUGGGUACCUCAGUUAGCAGAUGCAAGAGAUGUAAUGGAAGCAGUUCAUGGUUUAGAGGCCUCCAGGUUGCCUGUUCUGACACCUAAUUUAAAAGGAUUUGAAGCAGCUGUUGCAGCUGGUGCUAAGGAAGUUGCUGUUUUUGCAUCAGCUUCUGAGUCAUUUUCAAAGUCAAACAUCAAUUGUAGCAUCGAAGAAAGUCUUGCUCGUUAUCGUGCUGUAACUCAUGCUGCUAAAGAGCUCUCAAUUCCUGUUCGUGGGUAUGUAUCAUGUGUUAUUGGGUGUCCUGAGGAAGGAUCAAUACAUCCUUCAAAAGUAGCAUAUGUGGCCAAAGAACUUCAUGACAUGGGUUGCUUUGAAAUAUCCCUUGGUGAUACAAUCGGUGUUGGUACACCUGGGACUGUUGCUCUCAUGCUUGAAGCUGUAAUGGCUGUUGUUCCCGUUGAGAAGCUUGCUAUCCACUUCCAUGAUACUUAUGGGCAAUCUCUUCCCAAUAUUUUGGUGUCUCUCCAGAUGGGGAUUAGCGUAGUGGACUCGUCUGUUGCGGGUUUAGGUGGAUGCCCAUAUGCUAAAGGAGCAUCAGGCAAUGUUGCUACUGAAGAUGUUGUCUACAUGCUUCAUGGGCUUGGCGUGAGAACCAAUGUGGAUCUGGCGAAACUCCUCUCUGCUGGGGAUUUCAUUUGCAAGCAAUUAGGUCGUCCAUCUGGAUCAAAGACUGCCGUGGCCUUAAGCCGAGUUACAGCCGAUGCCUCUAAGAUAUAAGGAGUUUCAGCUGUGCCUAUUUAUACCAGAAACUGUUCAGUUGUCUUGUGUGUGCACUUUCUAUACAAACAAGAAUAAAAGAAGCCCAGGGCCAUAAAUCCUCAGUAAUUAUAAUUUCUGUAGCAAAAUAUUCCAUGCAUUGUAAUAUCUGCUUUGAGCAGAAGCUGCUCACUGCAGCUCAUAGAAAAUGUAUCCUGUUCUUUUCCUCUCA